UUCACCACUUCACCUUACCUAGCAAGCUUCUUUCUGCAAAUUAUUCAAAAAUGCAGGUCGCCGCAGAAUUAAGCAGCAAAUAACCGAGGUCAACCGUUAACCGGCGAGGUCUCUAUGCUGGCGCACAUUAGCUAACAGUGAAAGUUCAGUCCAGAAACAUGUCACGACAGAUGGGAGACAGCCAUCGAAGGUUUCUACAAACCAUGAUGGCCAAGGGCAUUGUUGAUGAACAAGGAGCAAGGACACUUUAUCAGCAUUGCUGUGAAACACACAACACACAGUACACCCCUGACAAACUGGACGAUUUCAUUGAUACCAUCAACUCAAAGCUGCAGCCCAUGUUCAUGCAGCUUAGAAAAGGGAUGUCUGAAGACAGCGGUCAACAAUACUACGCCUUGGUGAACAUGGCUGAGACUGACGUCACCAGAAUGUCAUCAGAUUAUGCCGACAACGAGCUGGAACUGUUCAGGAAAACGAUGGACCUGAUCGUGGGCUCUGAGAAUGGCAAGGCCUCCUCCACCGACAUCCUGAACAGUGCCGACACCAUGACCACCAAAAAGCUGAAGAAGAGCGAGACAGUGCACCUCUUGAGCCGACUCGUGCAGGACAAAUGGCUCAGUGAGAAACGGGGUGAAUACACCUUGUCCACCAGAUGCAUCAUAGAGAUGGAGCCAUACAUCCGCACAAUGUAUCAAGACCAGGUCAAAGUCUGCCACAUCUGUCACGACAUCGCUUUACAGUGUCAAAUUUGUGAAAAUCCGACAUGUGGCAUAAAAAUACACAACCCGUGUGUGGCCAGAUACUUUAAAGGAAGAGCAGAACCGCGGUGUCCGGCUUGUGAUGACUUCUGGCCACAUGAAAUCCCUGAAGUCAGACGGCCUCAGUCUCAGUCCAGGAGAUGAGGACUCAAGCAUCAUCAUAUAUCAUAUAUUUGUUUGUUUGUUUGUUUGUUGAAAUUAAGUAUUUUUACCAUAAGUUUUUUUUAAUAAACCAAACUGUU